GAUGUCCUUACACGCAAAGCUCCUUACUAUUUUUCCAAGAUAUUUAGGGCUUGGAGCUCGCGAAGCUAUGGCGCCGGUCGAUUCGUGCACGACGCCAUUGCUCCAGGACGGCCAGACUACUGAAGCGCCGCUCGAGGAUCCCAAGCAGAGCUCCAGCUCGCGGCAGAACGUUUGCGAGGACGACGAUGUCGAUGGGACGUAUUACACGGGCGAUGGAUCCGUGGAUUCGUCCGGGCGCCGCUCGAUCAGGGCCAAGACCGGCGGCUGGAAGGCCUGCCCUUUCAUUCUAGGGAACGAAUUUUGCGAGCGAUUGGCGUACUAUGGCAUCAACACGAACCUGGUCGUGUAUUUGACAACGGUGUUGCAUCAAGGCAAUGCCGCCGCUGCUAAAUCCGUCACUGCUUGGUCUGGCACUUGCUACCUCACGACCUUCAUUGGUGCGUUUCUCGCGGAUUCGUAUUGGGGACGCUACUGGACCAUAGGAAUUCUCUCCAUUUUCUAUGCAAUCGGGAUGAUUCUUCUCACUCUGUCAGCCUCCUUGCCCUCGCUGAAACCGUCCGUUUGUCCUCUCGACAACACCCCCUGCGAGAGUGCCACUCCGGGGCAAAUGGCGUUCUUCUACACCGCCCUGUACCUCAUCGCUUUCGGGACCGGUGGCAUCAAGCCCUGUGUGUCCUCUUUCGGAGCUGACCAGUUCGACACUGGAGAUCCCACCGAGAGAGCACACAUGACGUCGUUUUUCAACUGGUUCUACUUCUCCAUCAACGUUGGAGCUCUUAUCGCCAGCAGCGUGAUCGUGUACAUACAGGUGAACGUCGGAUGGGGAAUCGGAUUCGCAAUACCUGCAGUCACGAUGCUGGUGGCCAUAUGCACUUUCUUCUUCGGGACGCCGCUGUAUAGGAACCAAAAGCCCGGUGGAAGCUCACUCACUCGUAUCGCCCAAGUCAUAGUUGCUGCCAGCGCGAAGUCCCGAGUACAAGUCCCGGCGGACGAGCGGCUUCUGUACGAGGUGCCGGACAAGGAAUCGGCCAUCCAGGGAAGCAGGAAGAUCGAACACACUGACGAGCUCACGUGUUUGGACAAAGCAGCGACACAAACAGCUCCUGAGUUAGAAAACCGACCAAGUCCUUGGCGCUUAUGCACAGUCACUCAGGUCGAGGAAGUAAAGAUCUUUGUCCGGAUGCUACCAAUAUGGGCGAGCACGAUUGUCUUCUUCACGGUCUACUCGCAGAUGUCCACCUUCUUCGUGGAGCAGGGCCAGAGAAUGGAUCCCAAACUGGGUCCAAAGUUUAACAUCCCGGCAGCAUCGCUCACCGUCUUCGACACGCUCACCAUCAUCGUCUGCGUGCCACUCUACGACUGGUUCCUGGUGCCGCUGGUCCGAAAGUUCACGGGCCACCCGCAGGGAUUCACCCAGAUCCAGAGGAUGGGAAUCGGCCUCGUUCUCGCCACUGCUUCGAUGCUGGUAGCGGCGGUGGUGGAAGUGAAGAGGCUCCAGCUCGCGGCCGAGUUUGAUCUCCUGGACAACGUCACGGAUCCGGUCCCGAUGAGCAUUCUCUGGCAGAUACCGCAGUACUUCCUCAUCGGUGCCUCGGAAAUUUUCACGGCCAUUGGGCAGCUCGAGUUCUUCUACGAUCAGGCACCCGACGCGAUGAGGAGCUUGGCGAGCGCGCUGGCGCUCAGCACGACGGCGCUGGGGAACUACUUGAGCAGCUUCUUGGUGGCGGUGAUCUCCGCAACGAGUUCUUCCGGGAGUUCCGGGUGGAUCCCAAACAAUCUAAAUCGCGGCCACCUGGAUUACUUCUUUUUGGUGGUGGCGGCGCUCAGCGCUCUCAAUGGGCUCUUCUUCUGGGCAUGCUCGAGAGGCUAUCGAUACAAGAAAGUUACCGUGUAAAUAUUUUACAUUGGACUAAUGUAACUUCUCGAGAAGAUUUAAAUACUUCACUUUUAAUUUCAACUCAA